AUGUCGACAAAACCGCCGUCAAAGGUAGUCUUUGUGGGAAAUAUUCCCUAUGGACUCUCCGAAGAACAGAUUAGCGACAUUUUCAGCGGUGCCGGACGGGUGCUCAACUUCCGCCUGGUGUAUGAUCGCGAGACUGGCAGGCCCAAGGGUUUCGGGUUUGCAGAAUAUCCAGAUGCCGACUCGGCAGCGUCUGCCGUACGAAACCUCAACGACCACGAGAUCAUGGGCCGCAAACUACGGGUAGACUUCUCUAACGAAGGAGGAAGCGGUGGCGACGACGGCGCGGCGGGUUACACGGGCUCGGGCCAUGCCAACAUGUCAGAUCAGAACGGCUAUGCGCCGCCGCCAGCAGCGGCAGCGUUACCCCCUCUCCCCCAGGGCAAGGACCUCCCGCCGGGAGCCAGCGCGACGGACGAAAUCUCGCGCAUCUUGCGCACUCUCCCACCAAUGCAACUCCUCGACAUCCUAUCGCAGAUGAAGGCACUCUCAACGACAGAUCCCGCGCGGGCCACCGAGCUGCUGAACCAGGCCCCUCAGCUCGCAUACGCCGUGUUCCAGGCCCUCCUCCUCAUGGAGCUCGUCUCCCCAGAAGCGAUCCACUCCGUUCUCGACAGCUCCGCCGCUCCUCCCCCGCCUCAAGCCGCGCCCGCAGUGUACGGCUAUCCCCCUGCUGCGACCGGCACUCCGCCAGUAGGUGGUGCAUACGCACCCGCUCCGGUUGCUGCGGCGCCACCUGCUCAGCCGGCACAAGACCCAGACGCCUUGAUCAAGCAGGUUCUCGAGCUGCCUCAGGCUGUUGUUGACCAGUUACCCGAAGCCGAACGGGCACAGGUCAUGGCCCUGAGGACGACCUACGCCGCGCAGUACCCGCAAUAUGCUCAGCGGAGGUGA